AUGACCUCGAUAUUCUCUCGUGCAGGCGCCGCAGCGUCGAGUGGCUCUAUCGAGCCUCCUUUGCCUCAGGCUGUUGGAUAUGUGGUCGUCGUGGUCAUCGGCUUCCUCAUCGCCUUCAUUAUGAUAUUCGUUACCUAUCUCCUCAAGAAGACGGUGGGCGAGGACAACAAGACCACCGAGAUGUUCAUGACGGCUAAUCGCAAGGUUGGUACCGGGCUGACUGCCUCUGCAGUCAUAUCUAGUUGGCUGUGGAGUACCGCAAUGUUAGGAAGUACCCUCGUAGGAUAUAACUACGGUAUUGCGGGUCCUUUUUGGUUUGCUGCUGGAUGUUCUCCCAUGAUCGUCUUUUUUGCGGUGUUGGGAAUUGCAUGCAAGAUGCGCAUUCCGGAGGCUCAUACGCUCUUGGAAAUUGUCCGCAUAAGAUACGGCAACGUUGCCCAUAUAGUCUGGAUUGCACUUUGCCUUAUAAACAACAUCAUCGCCGUUGCCAACAUGCUGCUCGGUGCAAGCGCUGCUAUAUCAGCUCUUACUGGAAUGCCAGUGGUAGCCGCCAUCUUCUUGCUCCCGGCAAGUGUGGUUCUAUACACAUUUGUCGGCGGCAUCAAAGCCACCUUUUUGACAGAUUAUUUCCACACCUUCAUCAUUACCAUCAUAAUCUGCUACUUCACCAUCGCGACAUUCUCGGUGCCUGAGAUAUCUUCACCAGGCCAUCUCUUCGACCUGGUCGUCACGGCUGGGAAGGCCCAUCCUGUCGCAGGCAACCAUGACGGGUCUUACUUGACAAUGGCCAGCAAGGAUGCCAUCCUUUUCGGUAUCAUCCACAUCCUCGCAAAUUUUGGCCUGGUCAUCAUGGACACAGGCUUUUUCACGAAAGCCUUCUCUGCCGCGCCACAGGCCGUAGUCCCGGGGUACAUCAUCGGCGGUAUCGCAUACUUCGCUAUCCCCUGGUGUCUCGGCACCCUCAUGUCGCUCUCCGCCCUUGGCCUCGAAGCAAUUCAGUCCCCCCGGUUCCCCACAUACCCAGACCGCAUGUCCACAGUGGAAAUCUCCAACGGCCUCGUCCUCCCGUACGCGGCCGUCGCCAUCGCAGGAAAAGGUGGCGCCGCGGCGGUACUGCUCAUCACCUUCAUGGCCGUGACUUCGACGAUCUCGGCCCAGGUCAUCGCCGUCUCUAGCAUCAUCACGUUCGACAUCUACCGGCAGUACCUCAACCGCGGCGCGACGGACCGCGACGUCAUCCGCUGGAGCCAUAUUGGCGUCGUCAUCUUCGGUGUCUUCUCCGCCGCUUUCUCAACCGCGCUCUACUACGGCAGCGUCGAUCUCGGCUGGACGCUGUACAUGCUUGGUGUGCUGACGUGCCCAGGUAUCUUCCCGACUACCUUCACCAUCCUCUGGAAGAAGCAGUCCAGGGUCGCCGCCAUCGUCUCACCCCUCCUGGGUCUCGUCACUGGGCUCGCUGUCUGGCUGGGCUCUGCGCAUGCGUUCUACGGCGAGAUCUCCAUCGCCUCCACUGGUGCGACCCUGCCUUGUGUCUACGGGACCACGGCCUCGGCGUUGAGCCCUGCACUAUACUCUGUCGUGAUAUCCUUGGUACGACCGGCUAAUUACGACUGGGCUGAGUUUCGGAAGGAGAGACUGCUCUUUGACAACCACAAGACCACCCACGGGCAGAACCAAAGGGUUCCCGAGUCUCACGUGGAGGCGUCCUCAUCUUACACUGAUGACCGGGCGAAUCUCAAGCACUGGGGUGUCAUUGCUAGUGCUUGGGCCCUGGCAACCUUCUUUGGCCACUGGGUGCUGUGGCCAUUGCCAAUGUACGCGGCCAAGUAUAUUUUUAGCCGUCAGUUCUUUGCUGCCUGGGUGGUCAUAUCCAUCAUUUGGGUGUGGGGAACCAUGCUCGUGGCCGGCUUCUUCCCCAUCAUAGAUGGCUGGAGACAGAUCUCACUUGUAGUCAAGGGCCUGAGACUUGGGAAGGACAAGACAGCCACUCCUGUUGAGUCUUCCAGCAGUCGGGAAGGCACCAUUUCCGAGGUGAAAAAGGUGGAGGACGGAGCAGAAUUGAAGUCUUGA